UCCUGUCCCCUUGUAAAGUUCAUUCGUUACGCCUACCUAUAAGUUGGUGAUCAUUUGCACUGGACAGACAGUCUCACGCCAACAUCGUGCAUUUGCAAAGAUGGCCGGACUGGUGUAGAACGAUCAACUAUAGCUAUCACAAGUUUGAGGAAGAAAUUUGAAGAAGCAACGGUCUGCAGUUGAAGCCCAAAAUCAAAACGAACAGCCUACGAAUUUAAUUUGCUGAAGGACUGUCGCAGCAUUUGAACUGACAAUGCUUUUAAAAGUUCUUGUGGUUUUGUGGACAAUCAUUCACGCUUAUCAAGCCUUCGAAGUUGGCAAGUCUUUCAGCGUUCUAGACGGGCUAAAACCAGUGUUCCCGAAUGCUAACAGCUUAAACCAAAUAUUUUACCCAGUACAAAGGUCUAACCUGUUUCAAAAUGUCCAAACGAAGACAGUCCAGAACUCAUAUUCCCAAUUUGGUCCGUUCAUCCAGUUAACCUACCACGCAGACGAAAAUGUAAAGGGUUUCUUCUCCAUGUGGGAAUUUUCAGAAGAAAAGCGUUAUGCGGGACCCUUCCUUCAUCGACAAAAUGUCAACGGAGAAACCAACAGUAGCGAAUAUUCCAGUCUUCUAGGAAUAUCUCCCGAAAACCUCGUGGGAAAAGUGUACGUGCUGGCUCGAUACUGGAAGAAACUUAACACAACCAUGGCUGUUGACGUCACAACAUCCCCACUAGCAAAUGUCUUCCUGAAUUCUGGCAGCAAUAAGAUACUUGAGAAAUUUUCGGAGUACGGCACCCAUUACGUAUCCGGUUACCAGAUGGGAGACCUCAUCUAUCAAGUAUUUGUUUACGAUAAAAACGACGCGGAAAAAGUCUUGAAAUUUUCCUUUGAUAAUCCCACUUAUGGUUUUGGAUAUUGGGGAUAUUACUAUCGCAUGUACACUGAACUAAAAACAGAAAGUGGUGUAGGAUUUUGUCUUGAAGCAGGUAAAGUUCUAACAGCUAGCAAUGACCCUGCUUGGCUAAAUAUCGCAUCACAGCUCCGAGAUAAUGUCUUCAGAGUUCCCGAAAGUAUCUUUAUGUUUGUGGCUCAAUAUGGAGGGUACUUGCUACCGAGAAAAUUAACAACUAUUAUCCCGAUAAAACUCUAUCUCAAACCCUUGGUCACUAAACUAUUGCCAGGUGACUCGCGAUCACAGAAAGUAUGGAACGACGUAUUAUCGGCGGCAGUUUUCCAAAAAUUUGGCCCAGAAAGUCAACCUAACUUUCCCACCAUUACUGAUUCUGGAAUUGAAGACUUUUACGACAGUUUUAAUCCCAGUCUCGUCACCUCAACGGCAACUAACUAUGUCACAAUAACGCGAAUGUCAUUUGUAUUGAACGACUUUUUCAUUUUCAAUCCUACCUUUGUAACACACGUUUUCAUCUUCGCCGAUGUUCUAAAACUUCGCGCCUCAAAGAUAAAGCUACCAGGAUCUCAGAAAAUUUACCUUAUCUGUCGAGAGAUGGUUGCACUAUCAUCGAACAACAGUGUCCCGGAAAUAAUCGUCGGUGCUUAUGAAAAUUCUGUACCCACGGUGAAGAUUGUUGCGGAAACCAUGCGCGGAGUUUUCAAAGUCACCCAAGCUAAAACAAAUGAACACUUCACAUAUGCAAACGAUGAGGUUUAUAAAACUUCACAACACCCAUUUCAUUCCGGACAAUAUAGCGUCAGCACAGAUAAAAGCAAGAGGCUUUACAAACCUGAUCGGAUUAGUCUGCCAGAGUUAUAUUCUUCCGAAAACAUGUUAAAUAAAAUGAAGUGGUUACAAGACGGUCUGGUUAGCAGUGUUCAGCUAUCAGUCACGACGAUUGAAAGCAUCCUCGCUAUUCGUGCAAGUACCGACUCUGUGAACACGGCUAGAGAAUGCUUAAAGUGGAUGACCGAUUUUCUCACAACGAAAAAACCGAACGGAACUAUUCAGUUACCCACUGAUUUGGAGAUGGCAUUGGGGAGGGCUCUAUUGAUAAGCAAGACACAAUUAAACGAAUAUGCUCAGUCUAAACAGCUUGUACCUAAACUAACUUUUUCAGUGUAUAAGCCACUUUACGAUAAACUGCUAGCGGAAGUUUCCGCGUACGAGAAUACCUUUCAAACUAUAUCGACCGAAAUAUUUUAUCACAAGUCCCGCGAAACAACUACAAAGACAAUGAAAGAACUGAACGACAACGUCAAAAGAAUUGGCUCAUUCCUUGUGCAAAAAACCGAAGUAGGCGCCCAAUAUCAAGACGACAUUGCUGGCACCAAUCAACAACUGCAUGAUCUAGAAAGUGAUAGAAUAAGUCGUGAGCAAGAACAGGCAUCGAUUCUGUGGACGGAAAUUACUAACACACAAAAGGAAGUAACAGACGCCGGUAUUGCCUUAAAAGAUGCAAUAGAAAAAUACAAAACAGAGCAAAUCUUUUCGGCCGUGUUUGGUGUUAUUAACGUAGUCGGAUCUCUAUUCACCGGGGGAGUUUGCGCUCAGAACAUCGCCAAGGACAUUGAAGGAAUUGUUCGAGUGGCAAAGAAAGUAGAAAUUUCUAUAGGCAUUAUAGAACAAGUGAAUAAAAUGUACAGUCUCGGAAGGGAGUUGAGGAAUGAUAUUGGGAAAGUAAACAGGGCGAUGGAAAAUAUACCGAGUUUUGCAGUCGAUGCAGACAGUUUUCCAACCGAUCUGGAGUGGGAAGAUUUUAAUGUAGAUGUAAUGUCAUAUACGUCUUAUCUCCCUGAUCAGGUUCACAGAGAAGCACUAGACUUCCAACGUGUUGCGAAACGUUUAUCAGCGCGAGGCAGAAAAUACUUGAGCAUUGCAGCAAAUAUUGCUGCCAUGAAAUACAAACAAAUAAACCUUGAAAUGCAAAGAGAUCUUGCCAAACGACAAAGCGAUCGUCUAAGAGCCCUCAAAACAACAGUGAUCCAGAAGGAUAUCACAGACAAUACAGCAAAUAUAACAGACCUCUUUGAAAUUGGAACUAUCAUUAAAAUGAGAGAGAACCAAGUUCGAACAUAUCUCGUUCAAUCGUUUGGCUUCAUGGACGCUGCCUUACAAUACUACUACUUCCAGAAACCAACCGUGAUCAAACGCUACGAUACCUUCUCUAUCCAAAGAGCCGCUGCAAAACAAGUCCAAUCAAGCAUUACGAUUUUAGAGAGGUUUCCUUCUGCACCCGAAGAUCUUAAACGACCUAUCGAGUACAAUAUCCCAGGGGUUCGCGUACAAGAACUUUUAUCCUCUGAUGGCUGCGAGAAAGAAAUUAAAUUGAGUUCAGUGGAGUUUCAGAAUUAUAUUCGUGUGCGAAUUCUGAGAGUUGAAGUGCGCGCUGACAACAUCGCGAAUGUUUCAAACAACGAAGCCUACAUAAAAGCCAUAGCUUCUGGCGAGUCCUUCCAAGACAGAGACUUAGACCGUAAUCCUAUAUCAUUUACUACCGCGCCGAAAAGUUACCGUUUUACCUACAAUAUAGUUACUAAAGAGGCAAUUAUCACUUCGCAACCAUCAUCUGACUUCGAAUCAAAAUUCAUUAAAAUGACACCAUUUGACAAGUGGGUCUUUCGGCUUCCAAACGUCACUACAAAUAAAGAUCUUCGCUUCUCGUCUGAACUGACAACGCUAAGAAUUAGGUUUUACAUCAACGCAAUCUUUGACCCUCCUCGAUUAUCCAGUCGACGAAGAAGAAUCCGCAGAAGUGAUGUUUCUGGUAGCAAGCAUGAUCUUCUCCAAAGAAUUAAUGGUCGCUCUUUAGUUCGAAAUUGGGACGCAAUAAUGGCAGUUAGCGCUAAACGCGUGAACGAAAUUUGGAAACAACAAUACGACAGUCAAACUAAAGCUGGGUUUGUGAAGAGCAUAGUAACAGAGAGGACACUGGCUUCCGAUUAUGGUUUUAUGAUAACGUAUGCAAGAUGCUUUCUUGAGGUUGGCCCGCCAAAAAUUCAAUUUAUCCAACAUAAUCAUGACGAGGUUACGCUGACGUUCAAGAUAAAGAGUGGGAAAGUUGAACUCACUUUCUUCAAAAAAAUACUGGGACGAAUUCAAAAAAAAGCUUUUAAUGCCGUCAAUCAGACAGUAAAUAGAAAUACUGCAGUAAGAGCUAUUGUUAGGCUAACUCAAAUAAAAGGGAGAUUGACUAAGGAGUCAUUAGUGGUCCUGGAUUUGUCCACCGCAAUUGUUAACGUUCCUUAUUUAGUAAAUGGUGAUCUCACUGAAUCAAAAAUCGAAACCGAAAUUAGAGCCUUCUUCGCCAAACGUUUAAAUUCCAGCGAUUUCGAAGUUGCUCGAAUCACGUACGAAGACACUCUCACGCCUCGUUCCCUUGUACCUGAUCGUUUCUACCUAGCUACAGGCGGCUUUAAACCAGACGGCUCAGGUGACGGGAGUCUCUAUAUUUUCUUCCGCACACAUUUCACCAGCUCCUCGGCGACAGGGGCGACACCGAGGGAUUUUAACGAUCCCAUUACGAUCGACCGACAAGUCAUUCCGAAUGGUUACGAAGUAGUUUUAUUUAUAAACAACAAAAUCAUCUUCGGUGACAUCAUGGUGAAAGACAUCAGGAAAAAGUUAUCAUUUGAUGUGCAGACGAAAAAUUUCCCAGGUAUGACCGAGAGCCAGCAAUCCCAGUAUGUCGUCGGAGUUCAGGACGCGAAGUACCAUUUUAGAUUGUUCGCAAAAGCAGGAAAAGUUGACGUGUCGAUUAGUGCAAGAAAAUUCAAAGUUCGAUCAAGUAAUAGAGGAAAGAAGAUUAAAGUGACUUGGGAAGUAGAAAACCAGCCAAUAAGGAUACCAUAUUAUGUACAAAAAUGCGCCGGACGUGUUGCGUAUCAUUGCUGGAACGAAGAAAGAAAAAAGACAAAAAACUUUGAUGUGAACUUCGUCAAGUACUACAAGCCAAAUAUCGAUCAGGCCCAGACCAUUACGUAUACAGGCGAGUCAGCGACGGUGAAUGUUCACUCGGAUUCCGUGUCAGGAUGGGAUAUAUUUUGGAACAGUGGUACCUCAUUACGACGAGCCAAAAGAAAAAUCGAGGCGCAACUUCGAAGUUACCUUAAAAAAUUAUAUUUCAAUUUCAGAGAUAUUUCAACAUUCGCUAUUACGCAAGUUCUUUUUCCGAACCAGGAUGUUUUUCAACUGGAAGAGGUGUACAUUCCUGGUGAUAUGGUUAUCUUCGGACGUGUCAAGACGAACAAGACAAAGUAAUCGAAACCGAAACAUGUUGCAAAAGAUUAGAAGAAGUUUAAUUUUUGUCUGAGCUAUCAGGGGUUUAGAUUUUUUAUUUUAGGGAUUUCAUUUUAUAGGUUGAUUACCUUAACAAUUAAUGUGUUGAUCAAGUCCGUAUGUAAACAAACGGGUUUUUUUAAUUUUGAACUUUUACACUUUUUGAAAUACGUUAUGUUGUCUGAAUAUCUAACAA